AUGAAUCGGAUUGAGCGCCCAGUCGGUAUCAAUUCCAAAGGUGGAAUGCGCCCGGUGGAGAAGAUUCUUGCGGCCUAUCAUGAGCUGGAGAGGGACAUCUCAUAUAAAGAGGUCUCGACCGGGUUGGCUGUUGAUUCUGGGCUCAAUGCGAAGCAGGUGGAUGAAUGGCUGGAUUCUGAGCUGGCGGCAGAUGUUGUGGACGAAGAAACCUCCAACAAUACAGAGGAAGAUGGGCAAAACGGGUAG